UGACGUGAUGGAAAAGAGAAUCAAGCUGCGGACAUAAUCUGAGCAAUAUCGCGUACAGGGCAGGGGGAAAAGGGCUGACAUCUUCCCCUUGGACUGAUUCUCGGGGAAUGUAGUAGCGGAUGCCUCUAGGGUGAGAUUUGUCAGAUUUACAGGACAGCUGGUUGAAUGUACCUGGUGUAUAAUAGCACCGAAGCUCACUGCGUUCCGCCCUAUUCUGCUUCACUUGCUCUCAGUAACGCUACUAUCUGAUCCAUCUGUACGACCAGCCGAUUCAGAAGAGAGAGAACAGCAAACUGGAGCACACACAUCUCGGCUCUGCGAGCAAGAGAAUUUAGCGGAGCCAAAAGAGGACGAGCCCUCAGAAAGGAUUACGUUAUCUUGAGCCAGAUUCAUUUUUUACUAACAACUUGAACUUCCUAGUUGUCUUUAAACGCCCUAUUUUUAAUUGACAGUAUCUGUCAGUUUUGUAGUUCGUAACACAUUUGGGGUGCAACAAUUUUCUUUGUUUCCUUUUCUUUUUCUAUUUACGAGAAGAUUGUUGGAGUGAAAGGACUUUUUUCCCCCAUCCUUUUCCCUUUUGGCUCAAUUAGUCUAGUUAUCUUUCCGUUUAUUGUUUAAACACGAAUCCUUGUUGUAGUUAUGACUUCAUAAAUGGAAUGUUCCUAACGGUAAACUAACUGGAAUUUGUUGAGACCUUGACAAACAUUCUUUUGUGUAUCGGGAGUGUCCGUGUCCUUGAGGUUUGGAGCUUCGUUGAAAUCAUUCCGUGGAAGGAACUGAGAAGCUUCACACAAACCUCACCUCUAACCCAAACUCGCUGACCUCUCGUAAGGACUCAAGUGGGAGAACAUUACACGAUAGUUCUUGGGAAAUGGGAUCCGAAAAGGACUCUGAAUCACCCCACUCCUCUGUUAGCGGCAUUCCCAAUCCGAAAUGCCGAGGGCCGGGCAAGAAGCAAGGCAGGAUCUCUUUUCAUAGUCUCUUCCAUGGCAAACGCGGAUCCAGGGUGAACAAGGCUAAUGUGGGAACUCCUCUUGCGCAACAGCUGCACCAACAGCUCCAGCAGCAGCAGCUUCUCCAGCCCCCCACGCCCACUAAUGUUUCAUCAGACCCCUCAACGGCAGACCCGGCUGAACCCUUGUCCACUAGCCAGGCCUCUCUGGGAGGUCAAGAACUCUUAGAGUGUCCCCUGUGCCUGGUGCGUCAACCUGCGGAGCAGCUUCCCGAGCUCCAGGGAUGCAGCCAUCGGUCUUGCCUGUGCUGUCUACGGCAGUACUUGCGUAUCGAGAUCACCGAGAGCCGCGUGCAGCUCAGCUGUCCAGAGUGCGCCGAACGACUUGCCCCAAGGCAGGUGGCCCUCAUCCUGGAUGAUCUCAGCCUGAUGGAGAAGUAUGAAGAGUUUCUGCUGCGCCGCUGUCUGGCAUCGGACCCUGAUUGCCGAUGGUGUCCAGCUCCCGACUGUGGGUUCGCAGUCAUUGCCUCUGGGUGUGCCAGCUGCCCCAGACUGGUGUGUCGAAGAGAAGGGUGUGGUGCUGAGUUCUGUUACCACUGCAAGCAAGUUUGGCAUCCUAACCAGACCUGUGACUCGGCCCGCCAGCAGAGGGCGCUGUCCUUGAGAACGCACAGUAACCAUUCACCCAGCUACACAGCCGAGCAGGGCAACACUGAUGACAUCAAGCCUUGCCCCCGAUGCGGUGCCUACAUCAUCAAGAUGAACGAUGGCAGCUGUAAUCACAUGACCUGUGCUGUCUGUGGCUCGGAGUUCUGCUGGCUCUGUAUGAAGGAGAUUUCAGACCUGCACUACCUCAGUCCAUCAGGUUGUACGUUCUGGGGAAAGAAGCCAUGGAGUCGCAAGAAGAAGAUUCUGUGGCAGCUGGGCACUUUGAUUGGUGCACCGGUGGGCAUCACUCUAAUCGCUGGCAUCGCAGUUCCUGCUAUGGUUAUCGGCCUUCCUGUUUACAUUGGACGCAAGGUGCGGAGUGCCAACAUCACACCUUUCUCUACAGCGUUACAGUUUAGGUUAAUACGGAAACCUUUAUCAGCUGCAAUCAGUACAGGCAUUGGCGUCCCCAUCAUGUUGGCGUAUGUGUAUGGUGUUGUGCCUAUCUCUCUGUGCCGCGGCGGGGGCUGCGGCGUGAGCCGGGGGAAAGGACGAGGUGUUAGGAUAGACUUUGAUGAGGAUGACGGGCCCAUUACAGUUGCUGAUGCAUGGCGAGCGCUGAAGUCUCCCAGCUUGGGCGAGAGCAGUUUGGAGGGAGGAGCCAGCGGCCUCAGCACCACCUCUCCCAGCGAGGGACUGUCCGUCGCCCCAGGGGGUCUGGGUGACACGCCCCACUUCAACACACUCGCAGGAGGAGCACUUGGUGCAAGGACAGGAAAAUACAGCAGGCUGGAGGUGCAGGCGACAGAGCUGGGAAAGGAAGGUGCUGGAAGGGAGACGGGCAGCUUGGGAGCGGCCAGUGACUGUGCCAGCACUAGGGGCAUGGCAGGAUCAAUCACUUCCUCUUACACCUUACCUGACCGAGAGGGCACUAACCUUGAGAUCCAGGUGGACAUUGAAACGAAACCGAGCCAUCUGUGUCUAACCACUGAAGAGGAUCUGGCUCCGCCCGCUGCCGCCAUGGCUCCCGGCUCGGGGGAGGGGCCUCAGGACUGCAGCUCCCACAGGAGCGGGAUUAUCAUGGAUUCCCCUCUGGGCCUGUCGCCAGGGAUGUCACUCAGGGAGGGUCUCCGAGACAUCACCCUCGCUCAGCCGGAAAGCAUCCGCAGCGACCUAGAGAUGUCCGACACGCAGUCGGACGACAUCGCAGAGCUGACGUCUGACGACUGCGACUCGCCCCGCCCCAAGAGCUACCACUCCGCACCCCCGCCGCAGACCACCUGCAGAGCCUUGAACCCCACUGACAGCCUGCACUGUCCCGACAAUGUCAUUCUGUACGUGUGAAAGAGACUCUCGCCAUUGCACAAAGCCAACCGUUUCUGAGCUUUUGACGCUUUACCCAUUCAUUUGCUGCUUUUUAUAAUUAUUAAAACACCUUAAUGGCAUCCAGACAGCUCAUGGAACUGAACUCAUCGCUCUGCUCGCCUGUCCCGUCUGGUUAUUACAGGCACGGACAGGUCCUCUACCUCUUCAGAAAUUCAUACUAUUAUUCAUCGGUUGGUGCGCAAAUGCCUUGAGCAAAAAAGCGCUGAAUCGGUCUAUCGCGACCAGAAGAAUUUCCUUAGAAAACAAACAAACAGACAAAUAAUGUGAAAUGUCGCCAAGCACAUGAAUACGUGAGAGGAUUUCGAGUGGUUUGUAUAUUGAUGACACAUUACAGUAUUGUUUGUAUGUUUGUUUUACUCCAUUUUUUUAAAAUCAACCCGGAAAUUGUAUGAUUUGCUGCAUGCUAGUAUUGUAUUGUUUUGGUCGUGCUGGCCCAGUUUGCACAGAUGAACACACACAGUUAAGAUUGAGUAAGGUCAGUGUGAUGGGAGACUGAUCCGAACUUCACUAGCAGACAGUUUGACUUGAAUCACUGACUGCCUGCCUUAUAGACAGAGCACAUGCACUCCGAUCCCUUACACUGUCUGUGACUCACUGACAACACUGUUUGUGCCCUCUUGAGCUGAGACGUGAGAGAUGGAUGUAAGUGUUGAUUUCAUUGCUGGGUAUUAAAAUCAUAUAGUAUCAAGGAUGGAACUGCCAUUCACAUGCAUGUCUGUUGUUAUUAAUAUUUAAUUCGGCCUGUUUUAUCUCUUUCUUAAGCACAUGGCUUUUGAAUCUUUUUGUUUUGCGCAAUUGUAGUUUUUCAUGUUAAUUUUCCCGCUAGCUGGAUGGAUGGAGAGAGAGAUGGGUUGGAUGGAUGAGCACUCCUGCACUUUAUCCCACUAUUUAUCAUUGUUCUACAUUGUAGGCUUAUAUUUAUGCACUUCCUUUUUUUCUUUUGGAGCUUCUCUGGGAAACAUUUGAAUGGUGUAGUCAUGAUUUUGUUGUUUAAUUUUGGGUGUAAUUGUUUUGCAUUCUUAACAUGCUAUGCUUGCUGAAUCUCAUAAUUAUACUUGGCUGCAGAAAGAGAAUCCUCGGUUUUUACAUGUAAUGAUGGCUUAGCUUUGUCUUGUAAUCACAAAAAAGGAUUUGUGAUUGUCGCAUCUUUUGCUUUUUUUUUUUUGGUUGUGUGAAGAUGCUUUCAUGUUUUCAGGUUUAUGAGCGGAUUGUGAAAACUACUUGAUAAUUUGAACUCUAAACUGGUUAUGGUGAAAUGAGUGUUAACUAAAUUCAGUUACAUAAGCAAUAUGCUGAAAAGAAGGUGUGUUAAAUCUGGCAUUGUUUUGUACAUCCCCACAAAGAGAACUGCACUGGCUACGAGUGUUUGAAUCAACAUGAAAAUAAACAUUUUCUCCUUUGUGGCAA